ACCACGCCAGAGGAAGGCCCGCCUCGGUGCUCGGGGCCUUGUAGGCGUCGCCUUCACCCUUGCGGAACCCCCAGCCAGGUCUCAGCUGGCUUUAGGGGGAAGUGAGUCUGGACCCCGUGACCCGGCCCUCCUGGGUCUUUUCACAGAUUCCGCCGCUGCCGCCUCAUGGCAGCGCCGAGCUCGCUGCUGCUGGCCGCGCUGCUGUGGGUCCCUGCCGAAGCCCUGAGCUGCUAUGGAGACUCCGGGCAGCCUGUGGACUGGUUCGUGGUCUACAAGCUGCCAGCGGACAGCGGGUCUGGGGCUAAUUCAUGGAAGGGUUUGAAGUACAAAUACAUGGAUCAGAGCUCCGAUGGUUGGCGCGACGGUGUGGGGUACAUCAACAACUCGGAGGGAGCCGUGGGCCGUAGCCUGCUGCCGUUGUACCGAGACAACUCCAGCCAGCUGGCCUUCCUACUCUACAACGACCAGCCUCCUAAUCCCAGCUCAGCUCCGGACUCUUCCAGCCGUGGCCAUACAAAGGGUGUUGUGCUCCUGGACCAAGAAGGGGGCUUCUGGCUGAUCCACAGUGUUCCGCGCUUCCCACCCCCUGUGUCCUCUGGUGCAUACAGCUGGCCUCCUAACGCUCAAACCUAUGGCCAGACCCUACUCUGCGUGUCCUUCCCCUUCUCCCAGUUUCUCGAGAUUGCCAGGCAGCUAACCUAUACCUAUCCCCUGGUCUAUGACUACAAGCUGGAAGGCAUCUUUGCCCAGAAAUUACCUGACCUACAGAAGGUGAUCAAGGGUUACCAUGUCCUCCAUGAGCCCUGGAACAAUAGUGCAACACUCACGUCACAAGCUGGGGCCACCUUUCAGAGCUUUGCCAAGGCUGGAAAAUUUGGAGAUGACCUGUACUCUGGCUGGUUGGCAGCAGCCCUCAACAGCGACCUACAGGUCCAAUUCUGGCCAAAUUCUCGAGGCACCCUGCCUUCCAACUGCUCUGGGAUGCACCAGAUUCUUGACGUGGAUCAGACGGGCUUCUCUGGCCCAUCUGGACCAACCUUCAGUGCCACAGAAGAUCACUCCAAAUGGUGCGUGGCCCCUCAAGGGCCUUGGGCCUGUGUGGGUGACAUGAACAGAAACAAUGGAGAGAUGCACCGAGGUGGGGGCACACUCUGUACCCAACUGCCUUCCUUUUGGAAGGCCUUCCAGUCCCUGGUGAAGGCCUGCAAGCCCUGUGAAGAGAACAGCUGACCAGGAGCCCAAUAGAGCAAAGACUGAGUAAGAGUCAGGGACUAGCUGGGCAUGGUGGCGCUCACCUUUAAUCCCAGCACUGAGAAGGUAGAGGCAGACAGAUCUCUGUGUUCGAGGCCAGCCUGGUCUACAAAGUGAGUUCCAGGACAUCCAGGGCUACACAGAGAGAGUAUGUCUUGAAACCCCCACACCCCCAAAAAAGGGACUAGUUUGGACUUGAAUUUGUUUUGGGGGGUUGGUUUUGGUGGGUUGAACCCUGGAGCCUGCCACACGGUACAUAUGCACCUACAUAAGCACCAUACUGCUGAACUCCACCCUCUGCCCUGACUAUGAGUCUGAAUACCAGUCCAGCAUCUUCCUAACUGGAUACUUAGUCGUGCCUUAACCCCUUUGACUGUCUACUAAUCUGUAAUAUGGGCAUCACAACACAUUCUCUAGACGCUGUAAUAAAAGGAAUU